GUUGUAUGUAUGUAUGUAUGUUUAUGACUUAAGCUUUAGCCUGAGCCAUAUGUUAUGUUGUCUGUCUUCUCCUCCCUUCCCCCUAGUAAAUAAAUACGGAGUAGUAAAGUAAUAUUUAUCUUUCUUCCCCCAAAUUGAAAACCCUAAUAUUAAGAACACCCCCCCACACACACAAAUAAAAAACAAAAAAAUCAAUCGUACUGAACAACUGUAUACCAUCAUAAUAAAAUAUCGAUUGAUUGAUAAGGUGGAAGGAAGGGGGCGAUGGAACUACAACAACAUCAACAUCUGAAUCAAAACCAAAACCAAAUUCAUAUUCAGAAUAAUAAUAAUAAUAAUCAGGCGGCAUUCUACAAUCUAUUCGAACGCCGGCCAUUGAUUCUCAAGUCCAAAACCCCUGCUGUUAAGUGGUUCAAACAAUGGGUACCCCAAGAUGUGGUAGCAACGGGUGGGAAAUGCUUGGUUAUGAAAUGGGUCACAGAGGCUCAAAUGAAGGCCAUCAAAGAGAAGAUGGAAACUCCCGUAGCUGUUGUAGAACCUGAACCUGAACCAACUACAGAAGUUCUUUUUCUCUGUAGCUAUGAUGGUUGUGGGAAAACAUUUAUUGAUGCCGGUGCUCUAAGGAAGCAUUCUCACAUUCAUGGAGAGAGACAAUAUGUUUGCCACUAUGAGAAUUGUGGAAAGAAAUUUUUGGAUAGCUCAAAGUUAAAGAGACAUUUUCUUAUCCAUACGGGUGAGAGAGAUUUCAUAUGCCCCCAUGAAGGUUGUGGCAAGGCAUUCUCAUUGGAUUUCAACUUGAGGUCACACAUGAAGACUCAUUCUCAAGAGAACUAUCAUAUCUGCCCAUUCCAAGAAUGUGGCAAGAGAUAUGCUCAUGAAUACAAGCUAAAGAAUCACAUUAUGUCUCAUCAUGAAAAGCAGAAUAUGAAUAACUUAGUUGAGUUACCACAAAAGUACGUCCAGGUCCAACCCGUGGAAAAACCACCUCCGAAGCCACCAAAGGUGGCAGCUUCACCUACCACUUACGCCACUGCAUCACCUCACCGCCCUUACGCCUGCCCUUAUGAAGGAUGUGGAAAGGCUUACAUCCAUGAAUACAAGCUCAACCUUCAUUUAAGAAGAGAGCACGGUCAUCCCGAAGACAAUCCCAAAAAUACCCCUCGUACCAAAAACAACGAUGCGGACAUGGAUGCUGGCAGUGACCACGACGGAUAUGCUGUGAAACGUGGUAACACCAAAUCCCAGAAACAGAGCCACCCAAAACCCAACAUAAAACUGCCUCCCGCAAAAGCUGUGAAGCGCAAGGCACCACCUUCCGCUGCAGGUGCCACCAAGAAGCAACCAUGGCCGGUGGCUGGUCAACCAGUGCAUGAGGAAGACGACAGUGAAGAGACUGAAGAAGAUCGCGAGGAUGGAUGGAGGUACGGCGAUGGUGACCGUGAUGAUAACGAUGAUGAUGAUGAUGAAGAGACCGAAGAUGAGGACUGAUCUCGAGUAAAAGUGAUUUUGGGCGAAAAUGGUUAUUAACCUUGCAAUUUCACAAGAAUUCUGGCCAAUUUACAAAGGCAAUAAUCAAAGUUGAGGACACACACAAAACAAAGGCAACUUUGAACUCAAUAUUAACUUGCUCUGUCAAGAUGAAUAUAUACAUGUCAUGGAUCAUCAAAGUGUUAGUGCUAUUGUUUCUUUUCUUGUUUUGAAUAUAUACACAUAAUUAUUUAUUUGA